AUGGAAAAAUUAUCACUUCUUCUGAUGCUGUUACUUAUCAUCAUCAGUUUUAAUAGAGUGGGGCUCAAUGCCCAGUUGGUGGAUUGCUUAGAAUCUGAUAGAGAAGCUCUUAUUGACUUCAAAAAUGGACUUGUGGAUCGAGGGAAUCUGCUCUCAUCUUGGCAAGGAAGUAACUGCUGUCAAUGGUGGGGAAUAGGUUGCAAUAAUAAAACUGGAGCUGUGAUUAUUGUUGAUCUCCACAACCCAGACAUUGAUAGAGAAAGCCAUGGAUUAAGUGGGAAGAUUAGACCUUCGGUGACAAAACUCAAGUACUUGGAAUAUUUAGACUUGAGUUUUAACACAUUCAAUGCGAAUGAAAUUCCUGCAUUCUUUGAGUCCUUUGAGAAAUUGCAAUAUCUGAACUUGGCAUAUGCAGGGUUUAUUGGCACAGUUCCUCCAAAUCUGGGAAAUAUCUCUGCGUUGCGGUAUCUAAAUGUCUCUUCUUAUGCCUGGAGGUUAACUUCUGACAACCUUGAAUGGAUGAAGGGACUUAUCUCUCUGAAGUAUUUAGCCAUGAAUGGAGUCUACUUGUCGCAAUCAGACUGGGUUGGAGCACUGAAAAUGCUUCCAAAUUUAACAAUUGUGCACUUAUCUUCUUGCAGCUUAAAUGCUUCCACUUCACUUCCUAGCUUUGGUAAUUUUAGUUCACUUGCUUAUAUAGACCUUAGUUUUAAUAACCUCUACAUGUUUCCCUUUUGGCUUGUGAAUAUCAGUAGCCUGAUAUCUGUUGAUCUCAGCUUUAACAAGUUGCAAGGAAGCAUUCCUCUUGGAUUUAGUCAGUUGCCAAAUUUGCAAUUCUUGCAAAUCCCUGGGAAUUAUCUCACAGGUAGUUGCCAUCAACUAUUCCAUGGAAGCUGGAAAAAACUGCAAGUUAUUCAGUUAGGUGAUAAUUUUAUACAUGGCAAGCUACCUGCCUCCAUUGUUAACCUGACAUCUCUCACUUAUCUUGCUUUGCCCAACAACAAUAUUAAGGGGGAGAUUCCAAGUUCAAUUGGCAAACUUUGCAAUCUGAAACUCUUUGAUUUUUCCUUCAAUAGUUUGACAAGUUUACCUGAAAUUCUUGGAGGAACAGAAAAUUGCCUUUCUAGAAAUCCUUUUCCUAUUUUGCAGUCCAUUCAAUUGAGCUACAAUCAUCUGGAGGGAAAAUUGCCAAACUGGUUGGGUCAACUUCAAAAUCUAGUUGAAUUAUUUUUAGAUCACAACUUCUUCUAUGGUUCUGUCCCUUCUUUCCGGGCAUUGAGACAUCUAACUACUAUCCAGCUUGAUAAUAAUGAACUAAAUGGAACUCUUCCAUGUAGUUUGGGUCAGCUUUCCAAGCUAUCUUACCUAGAUGUCUCUUCCAAUCAUUUGAUUGGGUCUCUACCAGAGAGUUUGGGACAACUUUCUGAACUUUUUUUCCUAGAUGUCUCUUUCAAUUGUCUUUCUGGCGUUGUCACUGAAUCCCAUUUUUCAAAGCUAAACAAUUUGGAGGUCUUGAGAUUGUCAUCCAACUCUCUGAUUUUUAAUCUCAGUUCAAAUUGGACUCCUCCAUUUCAAAUCUAUCGCCUUCAAAUUAGCUCAUGCUACUUGGGUUCAUUUCCAAUCUGGCUUAAAUCUCAAAGAAACAUUACUCAUCUUGAUUUCUCAAAUGCUAGUAUUUCAUAUUCCAUUCCAAGUUGGUUUUGGGACAUUUCUGGUAGUCUCUUAUUCUUAAAUUUUUCUUCCAAUAAGUUGCAGGGUGAGCUACCAAAUCCCUUGAAAUUGCCUUCCCUUUUAAGUAUCGAUUUGAGCUUCAACCUCCUUGAAGGAACUCUUCCUCUUCCAGUUGGGGAACUUGUAGCACUGGAUCUUUCUCAUAACCGAUUUUCAAGUCCCAUUCCAGAAACCAUAGGUGAACACUUGCAAUCCCUGAACUUCCUUUCUCUUGCAGGCAACCAGCUGAUUGGUGCAAUCCCAGCUUCUAUAGGAAGACUUCAGAAAUUGAUAGUCAUUGAUCUUUCAAACAACAAUUUGUUAGGCAGCAUUCCAUCAAACUUAGGGAAUUGUAAUGCUGUAGAAGUUCUAGACCUUCAAAAUAAUUUUUUAUCGGGGAUGAUUCCAAAUUCUCUGGGUCAGCUAAAAUUUCUUUGUUCACUACACUUGAGCAACAACAUGCUUUCUGGAAAACUUCCACCUUCUUUCCAGAACUUGUCAAGCCUAGAAAUUUUGGACCUUGGAGGCAACAAAUUGGAGGGUUACAUCCCAUCAUGGAUUGGAGAUGGUUUUAAACAUCUUAGAAUUCUUAGAUUGAGGUCAAAUGCAUUUCUUGGAGAGCUUCCAUCCAUACUUUCAAAUUUGAGUUCUUUACAAGUACUUGACCUUGCAGAAAAUGAGUUGAAUGGUACUAUUCCAUCUAAUCUGGGUAAUCUUAAAGCUAUGACUAAAUCACAACGAAUUAAUCAUCCUUUAAAGUAUUUGGGAAGCCUGUUUGGAAACUAUUAUGAGGAAAGUUUAGUUGUGAAUAUGAAAGGACAAUCCUUAAUAUACACCAAGACUCUUUCCCUUCUGACUUGCAUUGACAUUUCUGGGAACUACUUGCCCGGAGAACUUCCUCAUGAAUUAACCGAGUUGGAAGGAUCGGUAGUUUUGAACCUGUCAAGAAAUCACAUCAGUGGCCAGAUUCCCCGGAGCAUUUCAGAAUUGAAUCAACUUUCAUCCCUUGAUCUCUCGAACAAUAUGCUUUCAGGUCUAAUUCCUCUAAACAUGUCUUUGUUAUCAUCCUUGGGGUACCUGAACCUGUCAAACAACAAUUUCUCCGGUAGAAUUCCUUUUGUGCUGCAACUAGCAACUUUUGAGGCUUCCUCUUUUGCUGGCAAUCCUUAUCUUUGUGGGGUUCCCCUAAUUGUUGAGUGUUCAGGUGACAAUUCAACUAAUGCAGGACCUGGAACUAAUGAGAAUAAUGCUGGUAACAAGAAUGAUAAUUUUUAUGAGCACUGGUUUUACUUGGUAAUUGGGUUGGGAUUUGCAGCUGGUAUAUUGGUUCCUUAUCUGAUUUUGGCAACCCGAAGACAAUGGAGUGAUGCGUACUUCAGUCUUGUGGAUGAGAUUGCUGACAGAAUUUCCUACUGGGGAUACAGAGCCAUGAUGCAUCUGAAGAAUAAUCAUUAA